AUGAAAACGACUUUAGUCUAUCUUCUCAUUCUCUACACAAUUCGUGUUCAUGCUCAAUGUCCGGACAUUCGAAUUGAUGAAAGCCUUCAAGAUAAAUGUAAUGGCACUGCCGAAUGCAAAUCGAAGUUUGGAGGAACCGGAAUAUGUUUCUGGGUAUGCAUGUGAUUACUUUUCCCUCUUUUUUGACGAUUGUUUUUUUCAGGAAAAUUGCUGUCCGGAUCCCACUCUUGAGAAUGCCUUUCAAACAAAUACAAAAUGCGAUGAAUCACGGCCUCCUGAUUAUUAUUAUUCAUUCUGUAAAAAUGGUUAUGUUCACACAGUCGGCCAAAAACAAUUGAAAACUGCUCAUCAGAAUAACACUAAUUGUUUUCUUAACUCGCAAUGUCCUGGUGAAAACAGCUAUUGUGUAAUCAUGACAAAACAUGGGGAUAUAAGAAAAUGUUUUGUUAUUGAAUCUUGGGAAGCGAAAAAAUUAGAAAAAGAGAAUGAGAAGAAAGAGGAGGAUAACAAAAUGAUGAUGAUUAUAAUUGUGGUUGGAGUUGGUGUAGUUGCGAUUGUUAUUAUUGGAAUUGUUGUUGGAUGUUUGGUUUGUAAGAAGAUGAAAAAAGGAAAAGUGAAUCAUGGAGAUUCGGCGGAAAAUAGUAGAGGAGAUAGUCAAACUGAAAAGAUAAAGGGGAAAACGAGCAAAGAGAAAAUGAAGAAAGGAAAGAAGGGAUUUGAUGUUUAG